AUGCUCUCCUCGCGACCGGACAUCAGCUUUGCGGUUAACUACCUGAGUCGGUUCCAGAAUGGUGCCACUGAUACGCAUUGGGCCUAUUUGAAGCGUGUCUUGCGGUACCUCCAAGGGACGAAGGAUUUUCGGUUGGUCUACACCAAGCAAGACGAAGGCGGCGAGCCAAUCAUCGGUUUCGCUGAUGCUGACUGGGACUGGGGUAACGAUGUCGAUACUCGGCAUUCUACCUCCGGUUACCUGUUCCAGAUUUUCGGCAACACGGUCGCAUGGACGAGCAGGAAACAAACAACCGUGUCACUAUCAUCCACCGAAGCCGAGUACGAGUCCCUAAGCCAGGCGGCAUGUGACGCCAUCUGGGUGAAGAACCUGCUGUCCGAAUUUGGUGUGGUCCUGCGAUCCCCGCUGAUAAUCCACAAAGACAACCAGUCCUGCAUUCACAUCGCAGAAGAGCCUCGAGAUCAGAAGCGAAUGAAACAUCUGGAUAUUCGCUACAACUUCAUCCGUGAAUGCAUCCAGGACAAGAUCAUCAAGCUGCAGUACAUCGCAACAAGCCAUCAGCUAGCAGAUGUCCUCACCAAGAGUCUGCCGGCUGGUCCAUUGAAACAUCAUCGUGCCUCCCUAGGAUUGAGAGGGGGUGUUAAGGAACAACCCUAG